AUGAAAGAAUAUUGUGAUUUUAAUUUUUAUUCUAGAGAAAGAAUAAUACAAGUUGUUAAAGAUUGUAAAGACAAAGGAAAAACAUUAGAACAAUUAUGGACAUGUGCUGCAAAUAAACAUGAUCAUUCAAAAUGUUGUGCAAAAAGUGGUGUACCACAAGUUUGUCUUCCAUAUUGUACAGCAAACAAAGGUCCACCAAGAAAUAAUGUAGCUGAAUUAUUUUGUUUAGCAUUUAUGGAUCAAAUUAGAAAAUGUUUCCGUGUUCAUUUGGAGCACCACCAAAUAUUUACCGCAAUAGAUCAAGAGAAAUAA